AGAAAGAGAGAGAGAGAGAAGAGGAAGGUGGGCUUCAAAAAGAGAGGACUCGUGGAGGCUUUACUGAAGCGAUCCGUGGAACCAACCUGACACAAAGUGGCCACAACAUCUUCUCCUUCUCCGCCUUAACGUUUGAUACAUUCACGAUUCUUAACCCUAAUCUUCACGCUCGUUUCCUUCCUAAACAAGAAAUAUGACGGAGGCGACGAAGGUGAUGUACAUAGUGGUGGUCGACGGCGAUGUUGAUAUAACGACGGCGAUUCUCGAAGAAGACGGAAGCGGGAAUUGGAAAGAUUCGUUUAGGUAUACGCGUCCGGUUUUGCAAAGCACUCUUCAGCUCAUGGGAUGCAAAGCGCGUCACGCCUUCAAGAUUAGCCGCAGGGCUUUCGAGUUAAUAAGAAGUGAGGGAUCAUUAAUACUUUCCCCCUCACAUGGGAAAGAAUCUGUAUUUGGGAAGGCAGUUGAUGCUCCCUCAGCUUGUGAUGGUGUAGAAAAGGUUAACAAAGUUAAUUUCUCAGCUACCAAUGAUGCUGAUGAUAAGAGCAGAAGUAAGCCGUUUGAGAUGUAUAAAAAGCGCACAACCGUUGUUGUUUUGAGGGAGACAUUUGUAAACGUUGUCUGUGACGCUCUUGCUGAAUACAAGUAUGUGGGUCAUGACCAAAGGGCUGACUUGAUUCUGGCGUGCAAGAUUAGAGAAAGGAAAGAAUCUGUGACGGUUCUGCUGUGUGGCACUAGUGGCUGUGGCAAAUCUACACUCUCUGCACUUUUGGGCAGCAGGUUGGGCAUUACAACAGUUGUCUCAACUGACUCAAUCCGCCAUAUGAUGAGAAGUUUCGUUGAUGAGAAGCAGGAUCCUCUGCUUUGGGCUUCCACCUACCAUGCUGGAGAGUACCUCGACCCUUUGGCAGUUGCCGAGUCUAAAGCCAAAAGAAGAAGAGCCAAAAAGCUGAAUACUUAUGGAAAAUCACUACUUGAGGACGAGAAACCAAAUGCCUUUGCAGAUUCUCAAUCGACCACACCUGUACUGUUAAGCCACAAGCAAAUGGCUGUAGAAGGAUUCAAGGCUCAGAGUGAAAUGGUGAUUGAUAAUCUCGAUAGGCUCAUUACCUCAUGGGAAGAAAGGAAAGAGUCUGUGGUCGUUGAAGGUGUCCAUCUAAGCCUUAACUUUGUGAUGGGGCUGAUGAAAAAGCAUCCUUCAAUAGUUCCUUUCAUGGUUUACAUCUCAAACGAGGAGAAACAUUUGGAACGGUUUGCAGUGAGAGCUAAGUACAUGACACUUGACCCAGAGAAAAACAAGUACGUGAAGUAUAUACGUAACAUCAGAACCAUACAAGACUACUUGUGCAAAAGAGCUGACAAACAUCUAGUUCCCAAGAUAAACAACACCAACGUUGACAAAAGCGUGGCAGCAAUCCACGCGACGGUCUUCAGUUGCAUGCGUAGGCGAGAAGCAGGAGAGCAGCUCUAUGAUGCUACCACCAAUACUGUCUCUGUGAUAGAUGACGAGUAUAGGAACCAGUGUACAGCUAAUUCAUUGAGUUCCAAAGGAAUGUUUCAGCUGAUCCAAAGGAAAGGCUCUUCUAGGAAUCUAAUGGCUCUUCUGAAUACUGAUGGCACUUUCGCAAGAACUUGGCCGCUUGCUGGUAAGGUUGAUGAGACCGGGAAGCCUGUCUUUUGUAAUGAGACAAAUGGGAUGGAGCAUCCUGUUUAUGGUUACUUACAGAAAGCCGAACCGGUGAAUCUUCAGUUUGGCCUGUUUGGGAUCAGUGCUUGGCCUAGUGAUGGAGCCACGAGCCGCGCUGGGAGUGUGGACUUGGGUGAAAACGCUAGUAGGCAUUACUCUUCUUGUUGCAGCUCGCCUAGGAUGUCUGAAGGAACUUCAAAAGAGCUUAAGGAAGAGCAGUCCGUGCAUGGUAGCGAUGAAGAAGUUGAAGAUGAUCCUCCUGAGCAAGAAGAUACAGAUUUUAGCGAUGAUGAUGAUAACAAGCGAGACCAUGAAGAGGUGGGUUCAGUUGAUGAGCAGUCUACAAAGUCAGACGAGGAGUACGAUGAUCUUGCAAUGGAAGACAAAAGCUACUGGACAGAUGACGAGGAAGAGUCUAGAGAUACGGUCGCGGUAAUGUCUGAGAAAAACCACAAGCCGGCAACAAAAGAUGACAAGUACAUACAGAACUUGGAUCUUUUCCUUCGGACCGCGAACCAGCAGCUGGUCGAGCCGCUUGAGCUAUGUGCGUCGCUGCUCACGUGCGAGUAUGGAGAUGCAAGACUCUGGUCGGGUAAAGAAAAGAUGAGGAAGCGUUCUCUAAGCAUAUCAGCUCUUGGAAAACGCGGGUCGGGUUUGGGUGAUCCGAUUCUCUUGGGUGCCCCAUGAUCCUUAGCUUUGGUUGCUAGUAAACUCCUCAGUUUAUGAAUUAUGGUUUAGUCUUUAGUUUAAGUUUUGUGUUCGUGUGUGUGUAUAGUCUUGCCUCAAACCUUGGGGUUGCUUAAUGUGCACUUUUUUUUCUUA